AUAGCCACACCGGUAUUUCUGUCGUGUGCGCUAUUUUCCGAUUAAGGUCAAAUGUGGGUGAUAUUCUUGAACUGUUACACAAUUAGUAGCAUCUGCUGACUUUCCUCAAAGACUUUUGUGAAAUCGAGUGUUCAUGCAAUAUGUUCGUAGUCCAAACCUGUUCUCAACUUCAAAUAUCAAAAACUCAGUUGCAUAAAUAAAAUAAACCCCUUUCAUUUGUUGCUUCUUACGUGAAUGGAAGUCUCUACACUUGGAUUUCUUGACCAUCAUUAGGAUUCCGGAGAUAUUAGUUAGAAAACACGAUAUGAUUUUCUACUAGUAAAGCACUUCAAUCAUUUGUUUAGCGAACUACAACACAAGCAUAAUACGUUAUAAAAUCUUAUUUUUUUUAUUCCUCCCUUCAAAUUACAAUCCAAAACUUCAUAAUGAGCAGGAAUAUUCAUUCCAGACUAUUUUCAUUCAUUGUAUAUCUACUCAUAUACUCCACUUUGGCUGUCAAGGUUAACACAGAAGAAGAAACAAAAGAUUUAAUUAUGGUAUUUAUUCUUUGUCGACACGGGGAUAGAUCUCCUGUUCACACUUUUCCAACGGAUCCUUUUCGAAAGCUUUGGAAAAUGGGAUAUGGUCAGUUAACAGCUUAUGGUGCAAAACAACAUCAUGAACUUGGCCAGAUGAUUCGUAAAAGGUAUUCUACUCUGAUUCCUGAAGUCUAUCACAAGGUAAUGAAUGUUGUUUUUCUUUUAAAUUCUCAACUGAUAAAAUGAUAGGAUGAAGUAUUAUUUCGUAGUUCAGGCACUGAAAGAACACUUAUGUCUGCAAAUAAUUUUAUCAGAGGACUAUAUCAACUAGAAAAGGAAAGUACAAAUCAUUUGCCUCCUGUCUUCUCCAGAUUGGUAAAUGAAGAUCAUUUGUUGAAAAUGUCUAGUAAAUGUCCUAAAUUCAAGAGGCUGUUUAACAAUUUAAUGAACUCGUCAGCAGUUUUUCAAAAAGCAUAUAGUUUGCAAGAUUUUUUCUCUUAUCUGGAGCGAAUGACUGGUUACACUUUCCCAAAGGACAGAAGUUCACCUGAAAAUUUCUACCCUGCUUGGCGUCUAUGUGAUCCUAUCACAAUAUGGGUUGAACAAGGACUGCCUUCAAUACCAAAAUGGGUUACUAACGAUGUUUAUCAGAAAUGUGCUAGCCUAUUGGAUUUCAAGCAUUACAUUCGAUUUUCUGAACCACAUCUAACAAGAUUACGUGGUGGUCCAUUAGCUGGUCAUCUGGUUGACUUAUUUCGUGAACGUAUCAACAGAGAAUUAAAAACUAAGCAUCAGAAUAAUCAUCCUGAUGAAAAUCAUCAUUCUUCAGAAGGACUUCAUCGACGAUUUGUUGCCUAUUUUGCACAUGAUUCUACACUAGCAGCUUUAAUGAGUCAUUUGGGUGUAUAUAAUGGGUUGAAACCUCCUUUAGCAAGUUGUCUGAUCAUAGAACUUCAUCGGCCAAGUUCUUCAACUAUCGAAGAUUUCCACCUCAACUUUUAUUACUUCAAUGAAACAAAACUCCCGCUGAACAAUACUGUCAAGUUAAUCAGUCUUUGGCCUCCAUAUUGUGGUGGAGCUUUCAGUACCGCUAACUCCUCUUGUCCAUUUGAAAAAUUUGAAUCAUCAAUUUAUGGAACUUUUGCUACAGAUAUAUCAAGGGAAUGUUAUGAAGAUGCUGAUCAGAUGAGUACAGUAACAACAACAGCAACAACAAGAUUAACUAAGCCAAGAGUUAUGGGAAUGUUUGAAUCCUAUUGUUAUUAUCCUCAACUAUUAACUCUUGUCUUAUUUCAAACAGCUGUUGUCUGUUAUUUGAUUGUACGCUUUUUACGUAUCCCUAUGAUGUAUAUUGUAAAUAGUCUACGAUAUUUACGUUUAUAAUUUACUGCUUUUUUUGCAUUUUAAUACACAAAUGAGAUAUACUACUUAAUUACCUACUUACAUACUUAAUGGAUUGUCUUAGUAGAUAACUUAAUGAAUAAAAAAAAGAUUCAUUGCUUUCUCAUUCAUCCCUUCAAUAGUCUUUCAAUAGUGUUUACUUACUUAUAUAUUAUGUUCAAAAUGAAAAGGAGAAGUGUGUGUUCAUUCUCUCUCUCUCUCCAAAAGAAUUUAAUUUUAAACCAAAAAUUCAGGGACUUUAUGCCUAGUGUUCAUUUCAGUGACACAACGAUGUACACGCAAUAGUACUGCACUCAUCCUCCUUCCCUAUUAUUAUUAUUAGUUUUUUUUCGAGUCUAUGUGUGUGUAUAUUCACACUAUUUUUUAUUUGUUUUGUUUGAGUUUUUAUUUUGGAAAAAAUAUUUUUUUUUAAAAAACGAAAUUUGGUUCUUCUUUUUCUUCUUGUCUUUCGAUUCUUCUUGCGUUCUGAGUGGUGAAAUAUAGGAGGCUACAAGCUUUGAAGAGUCAGUGACGUCGGGGGGACUAUAUUGACGGCUAGAUUAGAAAUAGGGAGUGAAUUGGUAGAGUAUGUUGCAUCAGCCAACGCCAGUGGGUUGAUCGCUGACGAAAUUUCAGGACGGAUAUAGAAGGCUCGUUUGUCAUUUGCCUGCGAACUCACACCAUCUCUGGCGUAGAGGUGAUAUCCGACUGGCUGUCGA